AUGCUUAAAUCAGAAUCGCAGGCAGUUAUCUUACGGCUAUUAUUACAAGCACUUUUUCUCUACACUACGACCAACACCGUAACAGUCACUAAUCUCCUGCUGAAUUUUCAAAAUGUUUCAUUUUCAGUUGACGGCGUGGAUUAUCAAUCGUUACCACCACAGAUUAGUAGCGAUUCAACAGCCAACAUGUUUGACAACAACCCUGAGACACAUUUUGAAGUGGCAGCCGGCAGAAUUUCGCAUUCGAUGACGAUCAACAUCUUCCUUCCUUCCGCGAUGAUCCAAAAGAUAAGCAUACAAACAGAAAGUGUUGCAAGCUCGAGUUACACGGUAUCCCUACAAAACGAUGAACGCACCUGGCUGCACCGGGUGGGGACUGAUUGCAGGGAAUCUUACCUCAGACUGGUCAACAAUGUGUACUACCAGUGCCUGAGUUAUGGGAGCAACGUAAUAGUUGACCUUGAAGAUUUUUAUGUGGCGGGCAACAACAAUGUGACCUGGUGGACGGUUUUUAACAAGCUGGCAAUCACCUUCAACAUUACGAUAAACUCCACUGCUUCAAUCGUCAUCAAGGAUAUAUCGGCAUUAGGAAGCAGAUUCACAGCAGUCGGCAACGUCUGCAAUUGUUUCCUUCCUGGCGUUAUCAACGCAAACUCCCCGUGUGAUCAGCAGGACAGGUGUUUGUGCAGGGACGAUGUUGGCUCCAGAGAUUGUUCCACGUGCAAAUCUCCCAACUCCCCCUACAUAUACCCCACCUACGGACCCAUCGGAGGAUGGCAACAUGUCAGUCUCUUCCAAGGAUCGUGUUGGAACUUUUCAGCGGCCAGCAAAGUUUACAUAGGAGAAGAAUCAUGUGAUUUAGCCCCCAAAUGUAUCACAAAGGCUCAGAUUUGUACUCGCUUUAGAAAUAUAUAUCCUAAUGGGACUUACAUAGACGAUGCCUCCAGCAAAUGUUGCACUGGUAGUUACAACGAAUCAUCCGUUGGAUUGAACCUCCCUGUGAAAGUCUGCUGGGAGAGUUUCUGCGUGGCUUUGGACAACAUAGCCUAUCUCUUGAAAGCUAACCCCGUAGUUAAUGUAAUGAAACGUAAAUCGAUCAUGAUAAGUGGGGGUAUCAAAGUGGUAUUUGAAGGACAAAAUCUCAACUUUGCACCUAAUCCAACUUUGCUGACUCAAGCAUUCUCUGGAUCUAGUUACAUAUUUGAAUCAUCUGUUAAUCUAACUGACAUUACUAAACGGGUUUGCACUGUGAACUCAGAAGAAAAGCUAAUGACCUGUUACACCGUUAAUUUGAAUGACCGUUCAAUAAGUAGAGACUAUGCUACCUACAUUUUUGCUUUUUCGAUUUAUUCAAAAUUUUCAUGUGAUGAAAAUAUAUAUCUAAUCAACGAGCCUGGAUUCAUAAAAUUCACUCUUUGUCCGGAUCCGAACAUCAGCAUUUUGUAUCCUUACAUCCGGGAGCUACCGAGAGACACUGACAAUCCGACGGUUAUGAUCAGCGGGAACGGGCUAACGGGUUGCACUAAAGAUGAAUUUGGUUUAGAACUCGCUGAUUACCAAGUGAUGGUCCAAAACGUUAAUGCCGAAGUGGUUGACUUGAAAAGCAAUUCCAUAUUAUUUAGACCUCCUUCUACGAAGCCAGCCGGUUGUUAUUUGAAUGAAGCUUGUGAAAUUAAAGUGCUGGUGGGCUCUUUGAAGCUGGUGGUCGGAUUCAUCCAGUACGAUCGCAACUGGACACCGAUUAUUCUGGCUGCUGUUCUUGGCUCCGUCGGGGGAAUUCUGCUUAUCGUGCUUGUUGUUUCAAUUGUUUGUUGUGCUAAGAGGAAGAAGUUAUGCUUUAAAGAAAAAGUAAUACCCAAGGAAGUACACGAAGUGCGUGCGCGCAGCUUACUGGACGACAUAGAUGAGCCGCUGCGAUUGAAGGUGCAGAGAUGUCUGGUCGACGCGGCACAUGUCAUCAAACAGCAGGAAAUUGGAAAAGGCAAAUUUUUGUAA